ACAUGACGUCUUUUUACAUUACUCUUUUUUUUUCUUAUGUUACGAGUUUGUGUUGCUAAUACUACUACGAGAAGAGUAGUGUUACAGACGAGAACAAGUCGACAUUAUUCUACUGAAAUAAAACAACCGAGCAAGAUAUGUGCACUACCUUUUAAGUUACAAGAAGACAAGCUGGAACAGGUGAUUAAUAUAGCCUCUUACAUGAACCAACAUGCUCUCUUUGGUCUUUUUAGAAUGAUGAUGAGUAUGUUUACAAAAAAGUUACCUCAAGUAGGUAACACUGUAUCAUCCUUUCAAGUAAGAAAGGCCUAUGUCCCUAUCUGGUAUUAUGAUAUGGCUAUUUCAGCAGACAUUAAGCCAGAAUUAACAGAAACAAAGCCUAGCAAGACAAUUCAAACCCUUCUGGGCCCACCACGUCAAGCACUAGCUAUCGGCUUUGAUUGUUUUUGGCCAGGACAUACGUGGGAUCCAAUGUGCUAUCUAGCAUUUUUGAAACCAGCUAAAAAGCCAUUGACACUUGUGCCCUUUACAAAGGAUCUCAUUGAAAAAGAUGAUAUAGAAGUGAUACCCUUCUCUGUAGAUCCCUUGAAAGACAUUGGUGACAGAGCAUCUAGUGCGAUUGAAGGCCACAAGGUCAAUGUAGCAAAUAUGGCUGAAUUUACGAUAAAUAAUGCUGAAGUACUCUUUCAAGCAGCUUAUCCUAUCUACUGGCCAGUCUAUAUCGCUCAAUUUACAGCAAACGAGAAGAAUACGGAAACAGCCAAGACGAUUGUUGUGAGUGGAGAAACCGAUGACCCCGCGAUCUAUCAAUGGCAGCCAGAAAAGAGUGGAGUGUAUCAGUGGAUUAAUAAUGGAUCGUGGAUCAAUUUGGAUGUAACAGAGAGAUUAUGGCAUCAGGGUCCCAAUAAUCCCCUUGAGCAAUUGGUAAAAGGAUAUAUAGACAAGGUUGUUGGAAAAUUUCAAGUGACAGAGAAUGUCAAUUGGGAUGAUGAUCGAGUUCAAAAUAUUACAGAGUAUCAAGAGAGAAAUAAGGAAUAUUUACAGCAGCUGUUUAAAGUAUGGUCAAGGAAGAGUAUGCUUGCUAGCAUAGAAAACAUGGAUGAAAAUAAAAAACUACUUGGCAUCGGAAGGGGAGCUAAACUGAUGAGUGUAAAAGAAAUAAGACAAGAUAUUAUGAAUAGGGUUGAAAAAGAGCUUGUUGAAUUGGAAAGGUUAGAGCCUAUUUGGUAUAAAGACCAUAUAAAAAAUAAUAAAAAAUUGUAAAAAAUGCUCCGGAAGUUUUUCAUUAUGGC